AUUUUAAAUGUAUAUUUUAUACAUGACAUGAACCUAAUUAAAACAAUUAUGUAUAAUUCAAUGAUCGGUUUAUAUAUCUUAAAAAAUCAAAUAUCAUUAUAAUAAUAAAUGAUGUUUAAUUUUAUUCAAUAUUUCUUUUUAAUAUUUUAUAAUUUCAUUUAUAUUUCAACUGUAUUAUCAUAUCAAAAUAUAGAAACAAAAUGGAUACCAUUAAUUGGGAAUUGGAUAAUUUCUAAUCAAACUAUAUCAAAACAAAUUUAUACAAAAUUUGGUAUAGAUAGUUAUAGUACACAAUGGAUAAUUGAUAAUAAUAAUAAUCCUUUCAUUGAUGAUAAUGAUGUAAAAUUAAGAUGGAUAGCACAUGAUAAUUGGACAUUUACUAAGAUUUUUAUCAUUGAACAAUUCAAUUUCAAUAAUACUAUAGAAUUAUAUAUAGAUGGUAUAGAUACAUUUUGUGAGAUCAUUUUAAAUAAUCAUUUAUUAGGAGUUACAGAGAAUAGUUUUUUAUCAUAUACAUGGAAAAUUAAUCAUUUAUUAAACUUAAAACGAAUAAAUAUAUUAGAAAUAAAAUGUAUAUCAACUGUAUUAAUGGCAAAGAAAAAAGCGGAACUAAUGAAAGUUAGAAAAAAAUCGAUUCCACCACCAUUUUGUUGGCCAUUUAGAUUUCAUGGUGAAUGUCAUAUAAAUCUUGUUAGGACAACACAAUCAAUAUUUGGUUGGGAUUGGGGAUUAACUUUACCUAUUCAAGGAUUAUGGACAUUACCUCAGUUGGUGGUUUCACCGUCAGGUUUAAGAUUCGGUGAAAGAUUUAAAUUCUAUGCUUAUUCACAGCAUGAUCAAUUUAAAUUAUGGAGUGCUGAAAUUGAUGUAGAAAUUGUAGUCAAUAUGCCGUCAUACAAUCGUCUAUCAAAAGCAUGUAUCUAUUCAUAUAUCGAAGAAUUAAAUGUAUUUGGAAGAAAGUGUUUUGGAAUGGAAAAUGAAAUGAUCACUAUGGAGGUGUUACGUAAUCAAUCAAAAGUUAAAUUAUGGUGGCCUAUUGGUACGGAGACUGGACCAUAUCUUUAUACAUUAGUACUCUACUUAACAGUUGGUUUCAACAAGAUUGUUGAUAAAAAAGAAUAUUCAAUAGGUUUUCGUGAAGUGGAGUUAAUUGAGGAUUAUGUGGAUUCAUCACACAUUGAAUUAGGUCGAACAUUUUAUUUUAAGAUUAAUGGUUUGCCAAUAUUCAUAACAGGUGCUAAUUGGAUACCUGCAAGAUAUAUGCCAGGUAGACAGUAUAUUUUAAUGCAUAAUGUAACGAAUGAUCGUAUUUGGUUAGAAAAACGACUUCUUCGUUCAGCAAGUCUAUCAGGAAUUAAUUUAAUAAGAAUAUGGGGUGGUGGACGUUAUGAAGAUGAUGAAUUUUACGAAGAAGCAGAUAGGCUUGGUUUGAUGAUAUGGCAUGAUAUGAUGUUUGCAGUAGCUACUUAUCCAGAUAAAGAAAGAAAUGACACUGUUGAAAAAGAAAUCAGAAGGCAAAUAUCACGAUUACACUAUCAUCCAUCUAUUAUAGUUUGGUCGACAGAUAAUGAAGUGAAACAAGCUAUUGCAAAUGGUUGGUAUGGUCCACCAAUGGAUUUAACAUUAUUAAGUAUAUUUAAAUCUAGAUUUGUCGAGUCAAUAUUUAAUGUGAUCAAUGACGAAGAGAAUGGUCGAAGUUCGGCCAGACGUUGGGAAGCUUCAAAAUAUAAACCUAGAAGAUGUCUUAUCUCUUCACCUGGUAAUGGAUAUCUAACAGAGAAAUUCAAAGGAUUGGAUCCGGACCCAGAUAACCCACUAUAUGGUGAUAUACAUUAUUACACGUAUUCUGGUGAUUUAUGGUCAGAAUCUAAUUAUGUACUAGGACGUUUUAUAUCAGAAUUCGGCAUACAAUCUAUUCCGUCUCCAUUAGCUUGGGCCAGAUCAAUUUCAAAUAUAUCGAAUCCAAAACAAUGGGAUGUAUUCGGUUCACUGAUGGACCAUAGACAACAUCAUCAAUUAGGUCAUCAAAUGCUCAGAUUAGCGCUUGAGUAUAUUACGGAACCAGCAAAUAGACAAGAUCCGAUUCGUAAUUACAGUCGAUGGGCAUAUGUAAGUCAAUUAAAUCAACUCAUGUGUUUACGUACUCAAAUCAAUUUAUACAUGAGGCAUAAAUGUCGAUUAAAAUUAACAAAUUUUACAAUUAUAUCAACUAAUAAAUUUAUUACAAUGGGUACAAUAUAUUGGCAAUUAAAUGACAUUUGGUCAACACCUAGUUGGUCAACUAUAGAUUCAGUUGGUCAAUGGAAAUUAUCACAUUAUAAUGCUAUAAAAGAAUAUUAUGAUCUAACAAAAUGGGGACGUAUAGCUAUACAUCAUAAUAGUGAAAUAAUUGAAGCUGAUUGGAUACCAAAUACAAAUAAUAAUAAUAACAAUGAUUUAUUUCCUAUUGAAUUUGAAUUAAUUUGUUAUACAAUUUGGUCAUUUAUACCAACAUAUCGUGGAAUUUUAAAUAUUUCUAUUCAACAUUUUAUUCAAUGUCCAAUAAAUAUAUUAAAUAAAUCUUUAAAUGAUUUAAAUAAUUUAUGUCAUUUUAAUUAUAGAAAUGGUAGAAUAAUUCAAAUUAUUAUAAGAAAUAAUUUACAUUCUAUAAUAUCUGAUAGAAAUUUAUUAUUAUUAGAUAAACCAAUACAAAUUAAAAUAUGGCCUAAAAAUGCUGGAAAAACUUUACAAAUUAAAUCAAUCAAAUUAUUGAAUAUAAUGAAUAAUUUAUUAAAAAUUCAAAAAAUGGCACCAUUUUUAACUAAUUAUAUUUAUGAAAUUAUAAUUGAAUCCAAAUCACCAGAAUUAUUUAUUAAUUUGAAUAUAGAUCCAAGACUUGAUGUAGAAUUCUGGUUUUCAAUAAAUGGUUUUCAUUUAAUAAAUGAAAAUGAAAAAAUAAUACAUUUAUGUAUAUCAGGAAAUAAAACAAUUUCAAUAGAUGUAUUAAAACAAUAUUUAUGGAUUGAAUCACUUGCAACAUUGAAUAUGAAAGAAUUGUAA